CUGAAGUUCUAGACUGAGUCCUGGACAGCCGCAGCUGUCGUCGCCACUGUCAAUUUCACCCCCGUAACACUUCAACGCGGUUAGUGUUCACAGCGAGCGCAUAGCAACAACUUACAGCGAAGGAGCCCACAGAGUUGCUUUUACGGGCUGCUGUGGCCAAGUCACGAUGGCCACAGCCGCUAUGAAGCCUCCCGGCGGCAGCAUCUUCAACUAUUACAGCAAGCAGAAGCAGCAGUCUCAGCAGUCCCAGCAGCAACAAUGCUCUGAGAGCACCAGCUCGCUGCAAAUGUCUUUGCGGCAUAUGAAUCUCGGCGACAUCUCGCGGCCUCCCGCAGCUAAUCCGCCAGACGGCCCAGUUCUUUCUCAGGAGCCUCGGCCCCAUAUGCGGGCGCUUCGACCGCGCGUGCUGGACCUCAGCAGCCAGCCCAGCCAGGAGCAAUACACCCCCGACCACCUCACACCGCAAGAGCAGCUGUUCCGCAUGGAGUAUGAGCCUUCAACCAUGCAGGUGGACGACGACGUGAGCCGCUCGCCAGCACCCUCGCCCCGCGCAAUGAAGCGGCCACGGCCGCUGAAGGUGCUGCCAGGCAACAUGGACGAUGAGGUCAGCAGCCAGAGCCAGAGCCAAAGUCGGUCUGUCGGCGAGCCCAGCACGUGUAGCAAGGCGCUUUCAGGCCGGCCGCCCAUCCCCAAGCUGCGCGAGGUGCAGCCUCCCAUGCCGCGCAACCCCUACCUGGUGCGGGCGGAUGACGACAACCACGUGUUCCAGGCGUCACAGUCCUGCCUCAACCGCGGCAACUACAGCCGCUUCCUGUGGGACUACCACCAGGAGGCGGAGCUGGGCCACGGCAAUUUCAGCAAGGUGUACAAAGCGGUGCACCGCCUCACCGGCAUCGCGUACGCAGUGAAAACCAACAAGGUGCCCAUCACCACGCUACAAGCGCGCAACAUGUGGCUGAACGAGAUGCAAGCGCUGGCGGCAGUUCAGCCCCACCCCAACAUCGUGGGCUUGUAUGACACGUGGUUUGAGCCGGGUGGCGACGCGGAGCAGGCAUACAUCAAGCAGGAGCUGUGCGGGGAGAGUCUGCGCGACAUGUUCAAGCGGCGCGUGCAGUUCAAGGAGGUGGAGGUGCUCGAGAUCCUGCGGCAGAUGGCGUCGGCUCUCAAGCGCAUUCACGACCUGGGCAUGGUCCACCUGGACAUCAAGCCCGACAACAUCUACCUGGCCGCGCCCUCGCCGGCGGACCUGGCGCUGCGGGCCGCCAGCGGAGCCAACGCCAGCAGCAGCGCUGGCAGCAGCAGCGGCGGGAGCAGCGCGGCGCCGGUGUAUAAGCUGGGCGACUUCGGGCUGGCAAUGCUGCCGGGCGGCCAGCGGGCGGGGACAUCGGAGGGUGACGUCAAGUACUUGGCGCCCGAGGCGCUCAAGAGCCGCGACUUCCUGACCAGUGGCCUGGCGGACCGGCUGGACGUGUUCGCGCUGGGCGCCUCCGUGUAUGAGCUGUUGCGCGGCACCGAGCUGCCUAAGAACGGGCAGUCCUACCAUGACAUCCGGCAGGGCAAACUGUUCCUGCCCAGCGCCAGCACGCGCAUCAUCAACCUGCUCAAGAAAAUGAUGAGCCCAGAUCCGGCCCAGCGCCCCACUGCGGAUGGGAUCCUCCGCUCCACGCUUCUGCAGGCCGGCACCAGCUCCAGCCAGCUCGCGGCGACCACCUCAACGCCGCUGCCCAUGUCGCAGUAGGUGAAGGGAGCAGCCGCGGUACACGUUUAGGGGGGCAUUCAUUACUGGGAACAGUUAUGGCAGCGGAGCGGAUCAAUCCGCAGCCAGCAGCUGCGAUUCUUUAUCAAGGUCCAACCGCGCAUGCGCAGUGACAAUCACAAAGGCGCAACAUGAGCGAGUGGGUUGGAUCAUUCCACAAUCUAUAGUCAGCCGUUUGGGGCCACGGCUAGAUGUGCGGGACCUGCUUUUGCACGUUAGUAUGUCUGGCAUCGUAUCAUAAUUGUAGCCCGACUUGGGGAUGGUGCCCACUGGGAUCGGGCCACACUCGUUGCGGUUGCCGCGAGGUCCCUCCUGAUGCAGACCAGGCCCAACAAGAAAAUGUGCAGCUCCUAUGCGGCAGGAGCGGGCGCUCACGUGCGCCCGACUUGACUAGGACUGGCUUGUCAUAUUGAGUGGUGUUUGUGGGUGUGGUGCGUCGGUAGGUUGUCGUAGAGGUCAGUAGGAACAGCUGCAAAUGCUUACUCAGAAUCUUACGCACGUGCGCAGGUAGGUGUUUACGUAUGGUUGAGCUGGCUCCCACUUGAACUUGCUUGAGGAUAUACAGACACCGAGGUUGGUGGCGGUCCUGAACAGGCUGCCGUUAGAGGUACUGCUGAUUCCUAAAAUUUCCCAGAUCCGGGUGUUUGAAAAGCCCGCGCAGGAGGCUGUGCAUGCAACGCUGUGGGGGAGAACUGCGUGCGUACUACCGUGGUGUGGUGAGAAAGUUCGGGAGGAGGUUUCCUGCUGCUGUGGGGUGUGCUGGUGAGCCCUUGGGCCCGUGAUCAUGUUGCGUGCAUGGCGCAUGUAUUAUGCCCGCAGCUAUUGCGGCGAUUGAGGUUUGGGCUGGCAUGUAUAGGUCACAGCUCAUAAAAGGUUUGGCUUCACAGAGGUGGGCCUUUCGCGCAUCGGUACGUGCCUCGUUCGAAUUGACGCAGGACAU